UGUCUGGGAGGGUGAGAGUUGCUGUCAGAUUGAGGCCUCCGAAUUCAGAAGAGAUGGUGGCAGAUGCUGAUUUUGCCGAUUGCGUGGAAUUGCAACCGGAGCUUAAACGGUUGAAACUCCGGAGAAAUAAUUGGGAUUCUGAUACGUACGAAUUUGAUGAAGUUUUAACGGAGUUUGCUUCACAAAAGCGUGUUUAUGAAGUCGUAGCAAAGCCCGUGGUUGAGAGUGUUUUAGAUGGCUACAAUGGAACUGUGAUGGCAUAUGGGCAGACUGGUACCGGAAAGACCUACACGCUUGGACGGCUAGGAGAAAAGGAUGCUGCUGAUCGUGGAAUAAUGCUGCGUGCAAUGGAGGAUAUAUUGGCAGAAAUAUCGCCCGAGAGUGAUGUGGUCUGCGUUUCUUAUUUUCAGCUUUACAUGGAAACGGUACAGGACCUCCUUAAUCCAGCUAAUGAUAACAUAUCUAUUGUGGAAGAUCCAAAAAGUGGAGAUGUUUCUCUACCUGGGGCGACUGUGGUAGAAAUUAGGGAUCAUAAAAGUUUUGUGGAAUUACUGCAAUUAGGGGAUGCUCAUCGUUUUGCUGCGAACACAAAAUUAAAUACGGAAUCCUCACGUAGUCAUGCCAUUCUGAUGGUGCAUAUAAAGAGGUCUGCCAAGGGGAAAAAAUCAUCAUUUCCAAGUGAAAAUGGAAACAUGACUGUAACGGGCAAAACACUGAAGCCUCCCAUUGUACGAAAAAGCAAGCUAGUUAUUGUGGACCUUGCUGGCUCUGAGCGUAUUGACAAGUCUGGGAGUGAAGGUCAUACAUUGGAUGAAGCCAAGUCUAUCAAUCUCUCUUUGAGUGCACUAGGGAAGUGUAUCAAUGCAUUGGCUGAGAAUAGUGCCCAUGUUCCCGUUCGAGAUUCAAAGCUGACAAGAUUGCUUCGAGAUUCUUUUGGAGGUACAGCGAGAACCUCAUUGAUCAUAACAAUUGGGCCAUCACCACGCCACCGAGGAGAAACAUCUAGCACCAUCAUGUUUGGACAACGGGCCAUGAAGGUAGAGAAUAUGGUAAAAAUUAAAGAAGAAUUCGAUUACAAAAGUUUAUCAAGGCGCCUUGAAAUGGAAUUGGACAAACUAAUUGCUGAACAUGAAAGGCAACAGAGUGCUUUUCAUGGCGAGAUUGAAAGAAUAGCUUUGGAAGCAGAAAAGCGUGUUUCUGAAGCAGAACAGAAUUAUGGCGAUGCAUUGGAGAAGGAAAAAUUGAAGUGUCAGAAAGAGUGUGUGGAAACUGUGAAGAAGCUGGAGGAAGAAUGGGCGGCAAAGGAAAAAAUGCAUGGACAUAGACAAGUCAAACUUGAGUCAUUUAGUGAUGGAAUGGACCCGAAAUCAAGGUUGGAGCCUCCAAUGCUGUUUGCCUCCGGCGAAGUUGCUGAGAUUAAAAAGAAGCUUCAGAAUGAAACUCUUUUACGGAAAGCUGCAGAAGCCCAAGUUGAUAAUCUUGAAAAUCAAUUAAGUCACUGGAAAACACUUGAGGCUGCCAGAAGUGCUGAAAUCUUGAAGCUCCGUGAGAUGCUUGAAGAUGAAGAACUUCAAAAGGCAAAACUUGAAGAAGAAAUCCAAAUGCUACAAAGUCAGCUAUUGCAGAUUAGUUUCGAAGCAGAUGAGUCACGAAGAAAUCUUGAUAGGGGUGUAAGUGGAAAUGUACCAAGCUCCCUGGACUUUCCAAUUCUCCAAACAAAAAGUCAACAGCAUCGAGAGUCGGGAGAUGGAGAGAGCUCUUCAAUGGUUAAACUAUUUGAACAAGUGGGGCUGCACAAAAUAUUAUCAUUACUUGAAUCUGAAGAUGCUGAUGUACGCAUUCAUGCUGUUAAAGUAGUUGCUAAUCUGGCAGCAGAAGAGUCAAACCAGGAAAGGAUUGUUGAAGCUGGCGGACUGACAUGCUUGCUCGCUCUCUUUAAAAGUUCAAAUGAUGAGACUAUUCAUCGAGUUGCAGCUGGGGCUAUCGCAAAUCUUGCAAUGAACGAGACAAACCAGGAGCUCAUUAUGUGUCAAGGAGGCAUAAGUUUGUUGUCAGUGAUAGCAGCCAAGGCAGAGGAUCCACAGACCCUCCGCAUGGUUGCUGGAGCUAUUGCUAAUCUUUGUGGCAAUGACAAGUUGCUCGCUGAACUAAGAGCUGAAGGUGGUAUUAAGGCCCUGCUGGGAAUGGUCAGAUGCCGACAUCCAGAUGUUCUUGCCCAGGUGGCUCGUGGGAUUGCAAACUUUGCAAAAUGCGAGUCUAGGGCAUCCUCUCAAGGGACAAGAAGCGGGAGAUCGGUCCUAAUUGAAGAUGGUGUCCUUCCUUGGAUCGUGCAGAAUGCUAAUAACGAAGCCUCACCAAUCAGGCGUCACAUUGAGCUGGCACUUUGCCAUUUGGGUCAACAUGAGGUUAAUGCAAAAGAAAUGAUUGUUGGAGGCGCCCUAUGGGAGCUCGUGCGUAUUUCCCGAGAUUGCUCGCGGGAGGAUAUAAGGACUCUCGCGCAACGAAUACUAAAGACGAACUCUAGCUUCCAGGCGGAGUUGAGGAAGCUAAGAAUCAAUCCUCGUUAA